AAAAAGAAGAUCUACAUCCGCGAACUGUAAGAAAGUGCCGUAGUGAAUUCUCCUUUAUGAUUGUUAUACAAGAAGACGCCAUUGUAUGAUUGUUCAAUAAAGAAGGCAAAACCUCGUCUUUCCUAACGCAGUUUCCCUAUCUUGAGACUUUGUAUCUCGCUUUCGAGCAUCGGUUUUUUUACGCUUUUGUAGAAACAAGCACCCAACAAAAUGUCGCAGACUGGCGUCGUGAAAUUCUUCAACAACGAGAAGGGCUUCGGUACUACGACCUUGCGAUAUAUUACUUUUUUAAACGAUAGAAUGACUGGAAUAUCUCGUGUGCUGAAACGAAACCGUGUACUAUAGUGAAGAAAGUAGGUUCAUAUUAGGGGCCUUGCUACGACUUUCACUGUAAAAAUUUGCUGUACCAACCAAAGACUAGUAGCAGCUGCAAAUGCAUGCUUGUAACUCAUGUUUUUCCCUAUGGUGCAAGUGCUCACUCGUCAAAUUUGUAUUUCGCAGUUUCAUUAUCUUUUAUUUUUCACACGAUUUUCACAGGGUUCAUCACGCCGGAUGCCGGCGGCGAGGAUGUGUUCGUGCACUUCAGUGCUAUCCAGAGUGACGGUUACAAGUGCCUGAACGACGGCGAGACUGUGAACUUCGACACCCACUGGGAUGAGCAGAAGAACAAGACCGCCGCAGUCAACGUCCGUGGACGCGGUGACGGUGAACCCCGCAAGGGUGGAAAGGGCAAGGGAAAGUUCGGCGGUGGCGGCAAGGAUUUCUACGGUGGAGGUGGUAGCUAUGGCGGCGGAUAUGGUGGAGGUAAGGGCUAUUGGUAAGCCCCAUCGCUUAUAUCAGAAGGGAGAAGUGAAAAAGAGCCCCGCUUGUCGGAGUGAGGAGGCCCAAGAGGGGCGAGGGUGCUUCCGGACUCUUGCUUGACGAAUUGACGGUUUGUCGCUUUUCCGGCAAGAUGAAGGGAACAUCUUCCAGGAGGUGUAUGAUAGAUAUCGUUAUCAUCUAAAGGAGUCACGGUUGUUGAAUUUUUGGAUUCGCAGGAGCAUGACAUUCGAACUGCUAGAACGAAACUAGAAGAAGGAACUGAAGAUAACUUGCUUACAAUAUUCGAACAGUACACGUCUCAUUUCUGUUGUAGAUAAGUGCCACUUUUUGGCUAGAUGUAAUGUGCUAUAGCUAUCGAUGUUGUUGAACUUUGGACAAAGUACGCAAUAUUGAUACUCGCAAGGACUGAAAUAGAAUCAAUGUUGCUGAUGUUGAUGUUGUAUUUGAGUUGAUGUUAGAGGCAAAAUAGAACAGUUCAGAGGAGUACCUCGGUGUCUGCUAACGAAGGGGUGUGCAGUGGCGCUAGGUGCACUGAUUUUGGUGGCUUCAUUUCAUAUUCUACUCAGCGCUAGAAACUCCACGGAUACGCUUUUGGCGGGUGCUGUUUACGAGUCCUUGUCCUCAGUGCAUCCACGAUGUGGAAUGUGAUAGUGAAUCAUGCACGUGUAAUAACAAGACGCUUCUGAUAUCUCUUUUGCUCGUACUGAAACCCGCUUCUGCUUUGUGCCACCUUUCGUGUGGUGCGUGCUCUGAUGUUUUCUUACACAUCGUAGUAUGAUAAAGAUGCAACGGAGUCGUAGAGAACGAACCCAACAUCGAGCUAGCCUAGAUCUCGGGAAGCGGUACCAGCUAUGUAAGUUAUAUAUAGAUGUGUUAGAAAGUAGCGAGUACGUUGAUAAAAUAGUGCAGUGGUCGCAAGUGUAAGACUCACAGUAUGAAAUCUACGGCCAACGAAAAAAAUUUCGGAAAUCUGCAGGAACUGCUGGAGCGCCUGAGCACUCUAGCAGUCUCUGGAGAACUCCGCCAUAAAGACGAGCUUACAUGUGGUCAGAUACGAUGAAUACUUAGAUGGAAGUUACAACGUGCAAAGGGCAAAACGAUGGCGAUUCGAUCAAAAGAGUACCUAAUAUUUUGAGGCGAUCAACACAGAACUUUCAUGGGGAUAAAUGUAGUCACUCGAUUAGUCCAUCAUGUUGCAGCUUCAUUGUACCAUUUUUCGUCUCGGCAUGCAACAUUCGAGACGAGUGGACAUCUACUCUUCGACUCCCUUUGUAUGUACUUCAUAGAACCAAUGCGGGGCAAGGUCACAGGAUACUAAAUAGCUGAGACGUGGGGGGCAUUCCGCGCUUCCGAGCUUCGGACCACCAAGAGACUCGCCUGGAUGCAUAAACUGAUGCUCGAUGUUGUGGCUUCAAUCUAUACAUGAUAAAAUGAAAAGAGGUCGCUUCGUUUUCAUCGAUGGAGAGCCGCUGUCGCCGACAGACAGCUUGGAGCUCGCCUGUGUGUCCUUUUGAAAAGCACCCCGGAAUCGUGUGCGUGCUAUUCGCUGUAUCCUAG